AUGCGCGCUUUGGAGUUGCUUUAUGCAUUGGGUGCCUUAAAUGACCGAGGAGAACUAACGAAACUCGGUCGACGUAUGGCUGAGUUCCCAGUCGAUCCGAUGUUAUCCAAAGCCAUCAUCGCGAGCGAGGAUUACUCAUGUACAGACGAAGUCCUAACUAUCAUCGCUAUGCUCUCCGAGUCCGGAUCCAUCUUCUACCGUCCAAAAGACAAGAAGCUCCACGCAGACCAGGCAAGGCAGAACUUCGUUCGAAAUGGUGGAGAUCAUUUCACGCUUUUGAAUGUAUGGGAACAGUGGGCGGAUACGAAUUAUUCGCAGCAGUUUUGUUAUGAGCAGUUCUUGCAGUUUAAGAGCUUGAGUAGGGCGAGGGAUAUUAGGGAUCAACUUGCGGGGUUGUGCGAGCGUGUGGAGAUUGUUAUUCAGUCGAGUCCGAAUACGAAUGAUAUCACGCCGGUUCAGAAGGCGUUGACGUCUGGGUAUUUCUAUAAUACCGCCCGACUUCAAAAGAGCGGAGACUCCUACCGAACACUCAAAACCAACCAAACCGUAUACAUCCACCCAUCAUCAAGUCUCUUCCAACACCAGCCUCCAGUGAAGUUCGUAUUAUACUACGAACUAGUCAUGACAUCCAAAUCGUAUUUGCGGCAAGUGAUGGAGAUCAAACCUUCAUGGUUGCUAGAAGUCGCACCACACUUCUUCAAGCCGGCGGAUUUAGAACAACUUGCGGUUGGUGACAAAAAGAUGCCGAAGGCUGUUGGUGCUUCAUCAUCAUCGACACCAGCAUAG